UGUUAUGAUUAAUGACGACAGCCUUUAUGUAUAAGAGUAAUAUAGCAACAGAGCAUAUGUAUGUGACUAUCUAGUGUCGGUGUGACAUGGUAUUGGCGUCACAUAGUGCAGCACGGUACGUUGUAAAACUGUCGUCCCAGUAUCAUGACAACUGGCAUUCUGUUUUCAUGUUGGAAUUUACCAUGAAGCCACCAAAAUGAGUGAAAAACAACCCAUAUCAAAGAAACAAUUCAAGCUGAGGAGUGGCAAAGUUUUCCCACCUCUUCUCCAGGAGGAGUUACCGCCACACUCGAAUAAGCGUCCUGUAAGAUAUUGCUCCCGUGACAACUUCCCCGACGACACAUCGCCGACGCGGUCUCUUGGCAACGCCCGGACUCGUCCAUCCAAGAGCGGAACACAAUCGGAAAAAGAUUUUCUGCUGAUCCGGAAGUUGAUCGAAAUGGGAGAAUUCCAAAAACCCAAUGAGAAACUUCCUUUCAAAAACCGACGUCUCAAGGCCCAAGAGAAGAGAGUCGACACUCCCCAACACCAAAGGCAUGCCAAAGACAACACGUACGAUCAAAAUCCACCUCCAGAAGGGUGCCGGACAGAAUCAACUUAGGCCAAAUAAAACGAAUCUCCAUUGCUGACUUUCGACGCACGAAAAUGCCCGGAUUUCUUAGUUUCGUUUGUCAACGCAAACAGGCACCAGAGAACCUGCUUGAGAAAACACGUUCAAUUCACUGUGACCUGUUUGGUCCGGGUUUGUGUCCAGAAUGCCAGAAGCUGGAGAACAGGUAUGACUUUACCCAGGCCCAGGAUGACCUGUUUCCUUACCUGAAGGUCACAUCCAGAUCCUUGGUCGCGGCUCCUAAACUGAAGAACCAGCUAACUCCAGUCUAUGUCCAGGGUAAAUGGCAUCUUUCCGCGAAGAAGGAGGCUGGGACGAAAGCCCUAGGGAAUGUGUACACUCAGCUGGACCUGUACCGCAGAAUGGUUAAAGAAAAGGAAGAAAACAAGACUCUGGAUCUUAUGACGUAUGGCUAGAUGGUGGUAUAUUGCAACCGGUAUAGACUCUCAGGCCAAUGGAACAAUGACCAUGUGAUUCAGGAAGUUAAAAUGUAAUGUUCAAGACAGUCAAUAAUAGAUUCAUGAAUGUGCGUCAUGGUGAAAGAAGGUAUUUGCAUAUAAGUUCUUCUAUCAAUGAAUAUUCUUCGGUUAUGGUUGGUUUUUCAGUCUGAACCCAAUUUCUGCUUUCUGAACCCAAUCAAUUUGUUUAAAACACGUAUCUCAGAAAUCGACUUUGCUAAUGUUUUAUAUUUGCUUAAAUUCAUUUUUAAAAGAAUUCAACGAUUUUCAGAAACAAACUGAUUUGACAUGAAGCAAACAAUCUGCAAAGCCAUAGAAAUGUAUUGAGUUUCAUUUUGUCAACGUAAACCACUAGGGAAAGUUAUGUCCAUUGUUCUUGGAAGUGUUUCAUAAGCAUAAAAGAAUAACUGCCCUCGGGCAAUUAUUUCUAUUUAAAAACAAUAAAAUUGUACUUAUUUUGAUAAUCUUCAUCAUGCCUAAUACAUUACAUGCAUAUUAAUAAGUAUUACCUCGUGGUGUGAGCCGUUUAAUCCCCCUCACUGAGGUAGUUAUUUAAAUAAACUCUACUCGGGCUAAAGCCCUCGCAGAGUUCAUUU